CUUAAAUCUAGUCCAGUCACAAGUUCUGUUACAAAUAGAUUAUUCAUUUCUUUGUCGCAAUAUCCUUUAAAAGAGGCGUGAAGAAGCAUCUUGCAGGCCAGCAAGGUGACAAUAGCUGAUGUGGCAGCUUAUGUUAUAAAAGAAGAUUAUGAAUUAAACUACUUAAUUGGCAUCGUUUCAUCAAAGAGGCAAGUAAGUACUAUUAAACUAUUUUGUUUUUUGGUUCUUUUAAGCAUUUUAAAAUUCUUUAGAUCCUUUUUUAUCAAAUCCCGUGCCGCCCUUGACCAGUACAAAUUAAAUCCACUCGAACACUAAGGGAAUCCCAAAGAUAUUUUUUUGAUAACCGCCACUGUAGUUUCCAGUUAGGUAUCGUCACAAUAAAAAAAAAUCCUGAAAUACGCAAGUCCAGGCCCAGUGGCCGUGUGUGCUGAACCCGUUAAUUAACGAUUCAGGUCAGUCUGAAGUCAUUUUUGAACUUGAUUUCUCUGUACCUAUAUCGGUAUAUAAUAAAAUAAUACAGGGAAUAAAUAACCUUGCUGAGUUUCUUGCCGGUUCUUCUCGGUACAAUGCCUCCCGCCUUAGAUUAGCGAGCAGAUGGCAUAGCUUCUCGACCUUCACAAGUGCUUAUUUUAACAGCUGAGAUUAGACUGAAUAAUUGAUAUUGAAUUGAAAUCAUAAUCAAGAGCAGUCUUUCAGCACAACUGUACGGGACCUGACGGUUUUGCCUUCCAUUUUUGUUUCAAUGAUGUCAUUAAACGUAACAUCGAGGUUGGGAGUGUACAUUCUGAAUUUAUUAUUUCAACUAGCGAAAGUUAUUCUGAUAGUACUGUCAACAUUCCAACUGACCUCCUUUGACUAUCCCAAAAGUGCUGAUGUAACAGAUGGUGCCACGUACGACUUCAUCAUCAUAGGAGCCGGGUCGGCGGGUUGUGUAGUCGCUAACAGGCUUACAGAAAUCAACGACUUGCGUGUACUCCUUAUAGAGGCUGGGGAUGACCCAGGGAUUGAUUCCUAUGUCCCUGGAUUAUUUCCUUUUGUCCUUCCUGAUUGGAAUUACUACACUGUGAACGAUGGAUACUCGAGUCAAGCAACAACCACCAAAAAUAUCCAUUUGAUUAGAGGUAAAUCACUAGGUGGUUCAAGUUCUAGUAAUUAUGAAUUACACGUUCGAGGAAAUAAGGCAGAUUUUGACAGUUGGGAGGAAAAGGGCAACAUUGGUUGGAAUUGGAAAAACGCAACUUAUUAUUUCAAGAAAAGUGAAAGACUUAAUAGUCAGGCUAUAAUGGCUAGUCAGUCAGCAGUUUUACACAAUACAGAGGGAUAUUUAGGCAUCAUCAGACCUUUUUGGAAGGAGAGAUCAGAAAAUUAUCUCCAAGCAUUCAGCGAAAAUGGCCAUGAUACACUAUUGGACUACAAUGGAUUUCAGCAACUAGGGUAUGCCGAGUCACAGUUUACAAUUGACGACAAUACUCGCCAAAGUACAGCUUAUUCUUUUAUAAGACCAAUUAAAAAUCGAAAUAAUUUACACAUACUUAAAAAAUCUCUAGCACGAAAAAUAUUGUUUGAAAAUAAAGUAGCCGCUGGUGUUGAAAUAAAAUUGAACAGUGGGCAAAUUAUACACGUAAAAUCCAAAAAGGAAAUUAUAUGUUCGGCAGGUGCUGUGAAUACACCAAAAUUGCUAAUGUUAUCUGGAAUUGGUCCUAAAAAGCAUUUAAGUGACCAUAAUAUCAAUGUACUGAUUGAUUCCCCUAAUGUUGGUGAAAACCUUCAGGAUCAUGUUGCUGUAUCGGUGAUGCUUACUGGCAAAAAAAAUCCAAUAUCAGUUAUUCAAAACUUAGAUAUUGUAAGAAAUAUAAACGUAUAUCCAAACCCAGUUAUUAUGGGUUUCGUAGCUCUAAAUAAAAAUCAGAGCUAUCCUGACUAUCAAGCAAUAGUAUUACCCUGUCCUGUUGGGACGCCCAUAACGACUGCUUUCACUUCGUUUGUUUUUAAUUUAAAUGACGAUAUAUCUGCUUCUUUUCUUGAAGCGGCAAAGAAAACCGAAUCUCUGUUUGGUCCUAUUGUUCUUUUACACCCUGAAUCUAGAGGUAAAAUUAAACUAAAAAGUAAAAAUCCUGAAGAUGAUCCAUUAAUAUACACUGGGUUCUUUUCAAAGGAAAGUGAUUUAGACAAGUACGUUGAUAUUAUGAUGGAUUUUGUGAGUGUCAUUAACACAACAUAUUUCAGAAAUGUUAACUCGGAUGUAGUGAAAGUAGAUAUUAAGCAGUGCGAAGGCUUAAAGUUUAAGAGUCGUGAAUAUUGGAAAUGCUACUCCUUGUAUAUGGCAGGAAGCUUGUACCACACAGUGGGUACUUGUGCUAUGGGACCGCAAGGCGAGGGAGUGGUUGAUGAAAGACUGAGAGUGCGAGGUGUUAACGGACUAAGGGUUGUUGAUGCUAGUGUAAUGCCAACAAUCACAAGUGGCAAUACCAAUGCUCCGACGAUUAUGAUAGCAGAAAAAGCCUCAGAUUUAAUCAAAGAAGAUCACAACUUAUUAUAGAAUGAAUACGUAAACAUGAAUAUAACAUUGUAAUUUAUUUUAGUAUAAGUACUGCAGUCAUGUUUUUGUUCAUAACUGAGUGUGUUAAAUUGUUAUUGUCUGCGCAACUGAAGAAUUAGUGGAAUCUUUAUAAUAUACGCUAUUUCGGUAAGCGGGUGUGAGAACUUGUAGUGUUAACUAUCUCACAUUACUUCUUCAUCUUUUAGAUUUUAGUUUUUAUGGACAAAUUUUAUUGACAAUAUUUGUAAUCGUAUUGGUAAUGCAUCCUAAAUUGAGUUAAUUUAUUUUUAUAGAUUUUUAAUUGACAUUUGCUUACAUUGACAUUGUUUUUUCUUUUGUUUGUUUGACAUUUUUAUAUAGUUUACAACACUAAUAUAAUAU